AUGCAAGUCGACGGCGUGCACAAGCGCCAAUGGCUGGCGCGUGCCUUUGCGCCGUACAUCCUCGUCGGAGGGUCUGAGACGGCCAAAAGGGAAGUUGCAUUCCUAACUGGACUGUCCUUGGCGUGUCUGUUCCAGCCGUUUAAUGGAGAGGUCGUGCACCGCGUCAAUGAUAGGCUCAGGAGUCAUGGAGGUUCACCUGAACGGCACUCACCUGAGAGUGCAGCAGACUCCCCGGUUUCGGGCGCCGCAUCUGAUGAGGAAGAUGAAUUCUCCCCAGAACAGCUGAGCCAGCUGAGCGGCUGUCCGCACGUAGUGCCUAAGGUACCUCCGGUAUCACUGCGUUUGCGCGUCGAGUAUGCUACUGCUACCGGCUCGGGCAGCAGCACCAAAGCCAGCAGCUCGAGCAGCGGUGGCAACCUGAGACGACUCUCACGUGCGUUCUGCGUUCGGUUUCUUAAUCUGGAGGAAGCAGAACCCAUUCCCUGUCCAGAUGUAGAGUCUCUCGCUACACGUUCCCUCUUGCUCGCGUCACCAAGCGUCAGCGAACUGCGGAAGCAGAUGCAUUCGGGCUCCCUUGGCAUAAAUGGGGUCAUUGGGGGCCCCUCAGCUACCGCCGCAGGGUCGCCUGAUGGGGCUGAGUUGCCUUGGUAUUCAGAGUGGCGCCGUGUGAUUUUCGAGGGGUCUCGUUUCAGCCCGCAUGAAACUCUGUCGCAGCCUGUCGGACUCAUCCUAGUCGUCAGCACCCGAGACUUGGAUCCUGUCGCUGCGCUAGAGGGCCUGCUUCAGCCUUCUAACCUUCCGCAAAUGUGCAGGCAAUACGUACUCGACCCGAACCCUGUUAGGGCGGUUAUACUUUUAGAUGUGCACCCAGAUGCUUACGACGCCCGGAUGCAAAAACGGCAUAUAGGGUCUGUUGGGGUCCCACACUCGCAGGCUUCGUCUUUUGAACCUAAUUGCGGUGGGGUUUCGUCUGCAGAAGGACCAGUGACGGAUCUGACGGGGUCAGCGAAGUCAGAGGACUCGGCGUUAGGGGCAGUAGGGUGGUCUCCGGGGCACCACCAGAACAGUACGAGAACCACAGAAAUAAUGGAACGACUGUGUGCCGUCUUUCCUCCAGCCAACUGCCACUUGCUUACGCUGGGCCGUGGGUGCGCUGACAAACGACACCUACAGCUGCUGCCGGCCAUUCGGUUUCUCUAUUCGCAGUCUUUGUCCUUUUGCUUUCACAAAGCCUUAAGCGCUAAUCUCACACCAACUCUCCUGACGCAUCCCUCUCCCCCUCACGCAAACCAUUCGGCUGCUGCCACACAAGAGGACCUUUCCGCGCCGCAGUUCGGAAAGCAGCAGCAGGAACAGCAAAAUCAGGCUUCGUUGAGUCAGGUGGAGCAACAGCGUGCAAGCUCCAUAAUUUGCUCAACAGAAAAAAUUCCCGUAGCUGCGCGGUUGACAGUCACCACCGCCACUUCUUUGUCACCGAAUAAGCCUACACCUCCGCAGCAACAACAGCAGCACCAGCAACAACGGCAACAGCAACAACAACAACAACAACAGCAACAGCAGCCGCAGCAGCAAUUUUUGACGUAUGAUGACGGCAGCGGUGGCUGCUUUGCUGCUGCAUGCCUGGGCUGCAGUUUUUGUGUUGGUUUAGGUUGGCAGGACUUGCAGUGGUUGGGUUCCUUUGUUCGCCAUUUUGUGGCUUCUUGUGUCGUCCCUUGGGCAGAGCAACGCAUACGGCAGCUUGACUCGAGCAUCAGCAGCAACAGACGAGGUUUUAGGAACCAGUUGCGCUAUUUGUGGAGGAAGCCAAAGGCAGCAGCAGCUGCUGCUGCAGCAACACCUAGUGCUGCAGCAGAUGCUGUGGCUGGACUUGCUGCUGCAGCGGAAGAAGCGGGCGGAGCGGCGGAGGCUCUCUUGUCUGCCGUAGGAGGUGCUCUGCUAGGGGACUCGGGAAGUGCCAGCAACGAUGGUAGCGCAGGUGGAUCCCCUACAGAAACAGGGGAGGGAAAGACUUCAAGCGGGGGAGCCCCAGUUUCUCCAACUGCGUCUCAGUCUCCAGGCUACGUGCUGCACGCCAUCGAAUGGCAAUACCGCCUACUAGGCGACUUAAGUCUGUUCUUUGGCCAACCAGAAGCGGCCUUACAGAGUUAUAGGAGUUGUGCUGCUGACUUCAAGCAAGACAAACGCUGGGUACAUCUCGGCGGUGCCUACGAGAUGUGUGGGGUGGCCGUGCAUGCUACUGGCGGUCCUCGCCGGGAAGUCGAGUCUUACAUCGACCAAGCGUACAAUGCGUAUGUGAAGGCGGCUAUGGGGCGCCUGGCGCUCCGCUGCAUCUUGUUGGGGCAUCGGCUGUUGAUGGACAGCGCCAAUAUGAGCAGCAGCAGCGCCAGCCUGAGCAGCAACAGCAGCAGCACUCCCAGCUUCUUGCAGCUGCCGCAUGUCCUGCACCUACCACUUAUUAUUGGCGUAGGUAGCCGCUCGUCAGAUGCCUCAGCUGAAGUGGCCCGACGCCUCAUUGCUGCCAAUGCGGAAUUGCCUUCUCUUGAUGCCGCAGUGUGGCAGCAGCAGAGGCAACAGCAACAGUUGCAGCAGCAACAGUUGCAACAGCAAGAGCUGCAGCAGCAACAGCCGCAGCAGCAGCAGCUACAGCAGCAACAGCCGCAGCAACAGCAGCUGCCGCAGCAAGGUUUUUCAGCUAUCCAAGCACAAAGCCAGGCCAUUCGUAGCGCCAUGUUACUAGAGCAAGCUGCGGUCUGUCUUGAGCAAGCAGGGCCGUCGUACUGGAGGAAGAGAAAUUUCCAGCUAGUCAUGGCGGGCCACACAUACUACAAGGCGGGAUACAAGCGGUUCGCACUGCGCUGCUACUUGCACGUGUUCGAGGAGUACGAGGCAGGGGGCUGGCACCACGUGGCUCAGCACCUGCGGUUUAUCAUGGCGCGGCAGACCUUCAGUCUGCAUCUACUGGAGGAAUCUAUUAUGCACUUUUUGGGACUCCUCAACGACAUCGCUACCCUGCACGAAUGCCGUAUCCUUUCGGGAAGUGAAGGAGCAGGCCUUCCGUCGAUCCCCCCAGAGCGACAGUCACAUUACAUCAGGGAGUUUCUGUUUGUUUGUCGAGUUCUGCUCGAGAGACAACGGCUGGCGGCACAAGACAAAGCUACCAAAUCUCCAAGCCUCACAGGGGAAGCUACUGGGCCCUCAGAGGUGCUUUCGGAUGGUUCAGGUAGCUCUCUACAUUACGUUGAUUUAGAACAGGAACUGCGUGUUCCCAUUUUGCAGCUUCGGGAUCCACUUGGGCUUUUUCGUGACAGCAUUGGGGUUUACCUCCUUGGUGAUGCUCUGCUGCCGGAUAGAGACGAAGUCCACCUACCGUCAGUGCCUGCCGCUGACUUGGAGAGAGAUGCGCAUUGUCCGUUACUUGGUUCGACAUCACUCAAAGACAACGCUGAAACACCCUCAUGCGAAGCGCUAGCCAAGCUCAUUGCUCCUGGGGUGUCGGCACAGGCCGUGCAGGAACUUAAGGUGCAAGAGCAGUUUUGGGACUGCGUCUUCUCGCACCAUCUUUGCCAACUAGGGGCUGUAUCCGGCGCUAAGGCCAAGAGAGAAGCAGGCUUCGAUAGGUUGGUCUUCUCGUCUUACCCAGUAGUUGAGUCUCUCCGUCGCCGGACUGCGGUGGGCCUUCCGGUUACAGUUGAAUUACGAGUGGUGAAUCCUCUAGAUCUUCGCGUAGAGUUGACAAACCUUCGUCUUUUUGGUACUCUUAUUCCCACAUCAGUUUCACCUGACACGGCUGCAACAGUUCCAGGAGCAUUCAAGGAUCCUCCUUGCCCGGGUCACUCAGAGGCUAUUGCCUUUUCCUCUACCACCAUAGAGCUUGAGCCCACCCAGUCCGCGAUUGUAAGAUUGAUGGCAACCCCUUUAAAGCCAGGCCGGCUGUGCAUUCAGGGUGUCGUCGGUGUGCUCUUUCGUCUAGUGCGAGUCUGCCAAUACUUUUUCCAGCACGGAGCACAUCGGCCAGAGCGCCGGUUCAACUUGAGAUAUUCUCAUUUUGAUGUAGAAGUGGACGAUGGGGGCUCUGCUGACACGGCAGAGCCGGAGGGAGGCCCCUACAGGCUACAGCAGCGCCUCAAUCUGAUCCGUCAGGCUCUCGUGAGCCCUCAGACACCUGCAGCAAAGGCUCAGCUGGCGCGACUCCUCAGAGGCCUCCCUCUUUUUUAUGCUUUGGACCUAGAGGGAUUCAGGCUACUGCACACAGGCACCCCAGUAGAGGUUUACCGUUGGAACUGCCGCAAGCGGGCGGAGCAGACGCACAAGCCAGACCUACGCCUAGAGCUCGAGGUUGCUGCGGACGCCGUUUUUCUCGAUUGCAGCUUUUUGGCCUGGCCUGGGCCCCCGUGUCGGCGUGUUGCGCAGCCUAGCGCAACGGACGGGAUGCCCGAUGAAGACAAAACUGAGGCAUCCGCGGAAGAGACCUCCCUGGCCUUAGAGCAACAACCGCAGCAGCAAAAGGGGGAUGUUCCUGUGGCAGAUGGGGCUCUGAACAAGUCAAUGCAGCCUGCUGUCCCGGAAGGCUCGCCAGAGGCAGGAGUGGCAGCGGCAGUUUGCCCUAAGGGAGGUGCUGAAGAGGUUCCCGCUUCGUGGAUGCUUGCAGGGGAGCAACGGGAGUGCUUCCUCUUUGUGAGAAAUGCAGCAUCAAGUCUUUCACUCGCCGAGCUGACUGUCGCCAUAUUUCCUAACGAGAUUGUCUCUAUCAUUUCGGCCUCUCUUCUUACGGAAAAUGAGGCAGCCAAAUUACAGAGCUCCCUGCAGCAGAAGCAGAGCCAACAGCAUGCUGAAGGAGUAGAUUGGGUCUGUGAGGUGGGAGGCGUUCCGCUGCACGUCAUUUCAUUGGAUUCAAGCAACCGAAUCGCCAGAAGCAGCAACAGCCGAGACAUUGCAAUAGGGAAUUCUGAUGGCUUGGAAGCAGUACAGCUUUUCAGUCUGGUAUCAAAGACCGCUGCCGCUGCUGCUGGGACGAGAGAGGAUGAAGCAAGCAACAGCUCACUCCCUUGCUGCAACGAGCCUUGUAGUGUCCUGCCCUCCAGAAUGGUGGCUUGCUUGCGGCUGUAUGUGCGAGCGGCGUAUCCCGGUCUGCACCGUGUCCGCUUCUGCAUCAGGGGCCAACUGCUGCGGCAGCAGCAAGAGCAGCAGCAGACUGGUAUGAGCGCUGAUCAGCACGUCUGGCGAGUCGUGGAGGCGCUUCUUGCGGUUGCUCCAUCUCUUGAGCUGCAUGUACAGCCGCGGCUGUCUUGGCGAGACCCCAAGAACUUUCUCUUCUUGUGUCGCGUACGGAAUGUCUCUUCCCGCUGCCUGCAAGUGUGUGGCUUGAGCGCCCUUUGGCUCUCCCGCGCGCAGAGAGGGCAGGAAGGUACGCAAGAGCUUGGAGAUGGAGAGUCGGAUCCCCCACUCAUUCAGGUAACGUGUGACGCGUUGCGUGGUGGUCGAGGAGAGGCGUCGUCCCCUAUGAUUCUCCCACUGGUACCUUACAGAGAGCUUGCCGCAAAGGCUAACUGCGCAGACACUCCAAGCGCAACUUCAAAGGUCUUGGAUCCAAAUGAUGAGCUCUUACUUGUGUUUUCCGCUCAAGAACCAGACAAGCUAAAGCGCAUCGUGGAAGCUGGAGGGAGUCGCAUUCGAGUGGCCUUGCGUUGGGCAGCGGCAGGCAGCGAACCCGAACACCCAAAGGACUCUGACCCCGUCGAUAGUUCCCCUCCCUUAUUUUUUGGUAAAGACCUGGAGGGAAAAAUGAGGCGAGAGGGGACGAUUCUAGCCCUUAACCCAAUCUCGCUGUCUAUGGGACCGCAAGAUAUUCCCGUUGAAUUAAGUGUCGCUCCGAACCUGUCGUCAUCUAGGCAGUUUCUGCAGUGGAAGAUGCACGAACCAUGCAUCUGUACAAUGUCAUUUAAUGUUCGAAACACUUCGAACUCCUUGUACCUGAGAUUGCGGCUUUUCGCGGACUCCCGCCCGGGGCCGCUGACGUCAAAGCAACCGACGACGCAAAGGUCACAAGCAGCGGCAGAUGCGCUUAAACUAUGCUCCAGUCUUACUGAAGUUGGAGAAGUCACACACGCAGACAGAUGGGGGCCAGCAGAGUCCAACGAAGGCCCAUAUCCUAUGGCUUUGCCUCUUACUUACCUCCGGCCUCUGUGCAGUCCACGGGUAGUGGUGCAAGAUGAUAGGGAGGAGAUCAUGCUGCCACAGGAAGUUCUGCUCUCGGACUUGAGCUACAACGACGGUGUGGCGACGCGUCUUGAGGAGCACAUAGUCGAAUAUAACCACCACGGAAAUUCAGUAGAACUGAGGUCUGCAGUGGCCAAGGGUGGUUUUGACGCAACUCCUAUCGACACCCAGCCCCUAGCGGGCGCUUGCGGUACAGGAAGGCCCGAGCAACAAGCACAAGGGUCAGGUGAAUCGGCUUCUGAGCCUGAAGGAACAGGCGCGCGUGCUGCCACGGACUCGCAAAAGAGACAGGAAUACACGGACGCGAUUCCCCGUGAACACUCGCAGCAGUCAGCAAUACCCCCCUUAGCAUCCCACGCAUUUCCCUUUCACAAGCCGAAGCAACCGACCUCACCGGAUGCGGUAAGCUCGGCUUCUGCAAAUGCAAGUGGAGUUUCGCCAAUCGCUACGCCAGACGGGUGCUGCAUUUGGCUGGGGAAGGUGACGCAAGACCUAGGACUUCUGCCACCUGGAGAAAGCGCCCGUGCAGAGUUUACAGCCCUCUUUCCGUGUCCUGGAAUUUAUAACAUGAACACAGUGAAAGCUCAGGUCCAGCUUGUGCCAGAUGAGGCAGCAAGAAGGACCACUAAGAACAACAGGCAGCUCGGCCAAGCGCAGAUAGGCGAGGCGCAGGAGUCAGUUUUGAAAGCUGGUCAGAAACUCUGCACUUGA